CUCUCUCACAUUCUAUUCUAUGUAUAAUAACCACAACUCCAUUACUUGUAAAUACCAAAACCAAUCUUCUCACUUCAUCAUUCAUCAUUGCCAAAUGACAAUGAUGAAGAAGAAUAACAAGGAACAACAACAACAACAUUUGAAUAAUACUUGUUCUCACCAACAACUCUAUCUCCUAAACUUCUUCUCCUAUGUUCUUGUCUUUGGCUUUGGCUUACUCAUUGGAAUCACUCUCACUUUAUCCCUCAAAACCACUUUCAAUUUCUCCCUCAGAAACAUUACUUUCCAACUCCAACACUCUCUUCCUCCUCCUCCUCCUCAAAUCUCAACCAACAAGCUUUCCAUGAAUUCAUCAUCAUUGGUGAUCAAUAAUAAUACUAACAAAAGGGUAGUGAAUAACACAACAAGAAUUGGUUUGAGGGAGUUCUUGAAGGCACCAAGAAAGGCCAUGCAUGACAUGAAUGAAGAAGAGUUGUUGUGGAGAGCAUCAAUUGCUCCCAAAAUCCAUAAGACACCAUUCAAUUACACACCAAAGGUUGCAUUCAUGUUCUUGACAAAAGGGCCUUUGCCAUUGGCUCCUCUUUGGGAAAGAUUCUUCAAAGGCAUCAAUCAACAAUUCUACUCUAUCUAUGUUCAUCCUUUACCUUCUUUCAAUGGAACAUUCAACCAAACCUCUGUUUUUCAUGGCCGAACAAUCCCCAGCAAGGAGGUAAAGUGGGGUGAAAAUAGCAUGAUAGAGGCAGAGAGACGCCUACUAGCAAAUGCACUUCUUGAUUUUUCCAACCAAAGAUUUGUUCUUCUUUCAGAGUCAUGCAUUCCUCUCUUCAAUUUCUCAACCAUAUACACAUACCUCAUCAACACACCUCAAACCUUUGUGGAGGCCUAUGAUGAUCCAAGUGAUGUAGGCCGUGGAAGAUAUAGCCCAAAAAUGAGGCCACAAAUUAGGCUUUCCCAAUGGAGGAAAGGCUCCCAAUGGUUCCAAAUCGACCGUGCCCUCGCCGUCGACAUGGUCGCCGACCGCCAGUACUUCCCGGUGUUUCAAAAGUUUUGCAAGCCUCAAUGCUAUAGUGAUGAACAUUACUUGCCCACAAUGGUUAGUAUCAAAUUUUGGAGGAAGAAUUCUAAUAGGACAUUAACAAAGGUUGAUUGGUCAAGGGGUGGACCUCAUCCAUCAAGGUACAUAAGGUUUGAUGUCACUAUUGAUUUUUUGGAGAAAUUAAGGUAUGGAACUACGUGUUUGUACAAUGGAAAGAUCACCAAUGUUUGUCAUUUGUUUGCAAGGAAGUUCACCCUUCAUGCUUUGGAUAGAUUGUUGAGGUUUGCUCCAAAGAUAAUGCAAUUCAAUUGAUCUUCUUGUAUUUUUGCAUUCUAUUUACUUUUUUUAAAAAUAUUGAUUUUUACAUCAUA